AUGCUAUGCUGUUCAAAUGCCAAAAAAUAAACAAAACCUUUAUAAUAGUCAAAUGCUAUAUUAUUACAAACUCAUCUUAAUUAAUAAGUAUUUAUACAGUAAAUUAUACUAGGAAGAAUCUCUUAAUAUAAAUGACGAAGCUUGCACAUUUCACACAAUUAUAUAAAUUCAACAAGUUAAUACAAUUUAGACAUAUAAAAUUACAUUAGAUCAUUAAACCAUAAGGUAUUUUUAUUAUUAAUUAAAUAUAGUAGGUCUAAUACUCGUGGAAACAAUGAUCGAGUUGCCUAAUCAGUUGUUGUUUAACCAAUUAGAAAAACACCAUUUUUUAUUUUUCAAAAAAGUGGAACUCAUUCUUAAACUAAAUACCUAUCAACUAAGUCAGGAUACACACUUCUAUUAACAGCUCUUUUAAAUUGA